CUUAUAGUGGGCGGCGCGGAGCGGCGCGGAGUGCGGGCGGAGAUGGCGGCGGGCGCGGGUGUGCCGUGCGCGGUUCUGGCGCUGCUCGUGCUCGGCUUGCUGGCGGCCGGCGGGGAUGCUACAGCUGGGUUUAUAAAGUCGCCACUGUCUCAAAGGAGACUGACUCAGGACAGCGUCGAGUUGCACUGCGAGGCGAUUGGCAGCCCCAUCCCUGAGAUCCAGUGGUGGUUUGAGGGCAACGAGCCCAAUGAGACCUCUGCCCAGCUCUGGGAUGGCGCGUGGCAGGACCGCGUCCAAAUCAACGCCACCUACAACCUGCACUCUACCAGCACCAUCACCAUCGCAAACCUCACCAGCGACGACUCGGGCACGUACGAGUGCCGGGCUAGCAACGACCCUGACCGCAACCACUUGUCGAAGAGCCCUAAAGUCAAGUGGAUCCGCUCACAGGCUAACGUUUUGGUCAUCGAACGUCCGGUGAUCACGGGGCAGUACACCAGCUCUGCUGACAAGGUGAUCCUCAGCUGCAACAUAAGUGAACCUCCCACCCCCAUCAGGGGUCAUAAGUGGAUGCUUGGGGACAAGAUACUAAAGACAACAGACGGUGAUUCAAGCCCUGUCAUCACUUACACAAUGGAGGGGAAGGCUGAAGAUCACUCUGGUGUCUAUGAAUGCAUCUACGAAACGGACCCAGUGGCGAGAGGGAGCGUGCUUAUAGAAGUUCAGCCCCAGAUCGUAGCGUACAAGAAGUCUGAGCACGGGAACGAGGGGGACACAGGCGUGCUGACCUGCAAGUGUCCCUCCUACCCCCCUGUUGACACUUGGGCCUGGUUCAGAAAAGGUCAGGAGCCCAUUGUCAAUGGUACUGGCCGGCACAUCAUCAAGUCCAGUGGCAACAAGACGGAGCUACGCAUUCUUAAACUGAACAUUGAGGAGGAUACGGGCGACUACCACUGCAACGGAACCAACCUGAAGGGUUCUGGAGGUGCCACGGUGAAUCUGCGCGUACGCAGCCGCCUGGCAGCGCUCUGGCCCUUCCUGGGUAUCGUGGCAGAAGUCCUGGUUCUUGUCACCAUCAUCUUCAUCUACGAGAAGAGGAGGAAGCCAGAUGAGGUUCUUGAUGAUGAUGAUGGAGGCUCUGCACCGCUGAAAAGCAAUGCCACAAACCACAAGGACAAGAACGUCCGCCAGAGAAACGCUAACUGAGCAGAAGCCAGGUGACGUGGAGCUGAAGAACUUGUCUGGACAUUGUUUUCUUCUGAUUUUAUUUUAUUUUUUUUUUUGGGAGGGGGGGGG